AUGACAAUAAAGAGAUGGAAGGGAGGCCAGUUACCAGGGCAACACUCCAAGGAGCUAGCCGCAAGGACCAAGGCGGCUUACUCUCCAUUUGAAACAUUAAACAAAUACGAGAGCCACGUGGAUUUGUUCUCUUGCGACUAUCUUGGACUUGGUCAAAACGAGGAGCUUAAUCGGGUACACGCCGACGCGAUUCUCCGUCACGGAAUGGACCGAAUCUGUUCCUGCGUUGUCUCACACCCAGUCGAUUCUCCCGUUAAGGAUACAGAGGGGGCCGUGGCACGGUGGCUGAAGAGCGAAAGUGCUGCCCUCACCUACUCCUGCACAGCAGCAAACAUUGGAGCCAUGGAGAUAUUGCUAAAAGGAAACAAGCGACCAGUCUACGUGGACCGUUUUGCUCAUGCGACACUUCAAGUUGGGGUGACUUUUGUCGGUGCUGCUGGGAGAUUGCAUGUGUUUCACCACAAUGAUCUGGAUCACCUCCGAUCACUGAUAACCAAAACAGGGAGCGGAGUGGUAGUCGUGGACUCGAUUUACAGCACUAACGGCGAAGAGGCGCCGAUGGCCGACUUGGUAAACAUGUGCCACGACCUUGGUUGCAUCCUCGUUGUAGACGAGAGCCACGCACUUGGCGUAAUAGGGGAGCAAGGUGAAGGUUUAGUCGCACAUCUUGGUCUCGAAGACGGCGUUCAUGUAAGAACCACAUCAUUACAUAAAAGCCUUACCUGUGAUAAUGGAGUCAUUGCCAGUAGCCGUGACGUAACUGACUGCUUCAACCACGCCACAACGUUAGGGAUAUUCAGCAAUGCCAUGCAAAUCUCUGGCGCAAUGAGAGUGAAAAAGGCGAUGGAGUUGGCAAUGCAGGCAACUGAACAGAGAGAGAACUUACAAAAGUUGUCUAAAUCAUUUCGACAGCAACUUAAAGAAGCCGGUUUCUCUGUAAGGGGGGACUUCAAACAUCCCAUAGUAUCUGUUGUUGUCGGUCAGACUGAAAAGGCGAUUGGCAUACACCACUAUCUUUGCUCUAAGGGAAUAUAUCCAUGGAUUUUUGGUUACCCGGCGACCCCAAAAGACGGAGCCAUGGUGAGAUUUGUGAUCAACCAUUAUUUGACGCCAGAGAAACUCGCCUACACCGUUGAAACAAUGAGAAAUCUCAAAGAUGAUCUAAAGACAUGUUCUGGCAUGGGAAGAGGGGAAGAAAGUGUAAUCAGUCAAGAUGUCGUAUAA